GCAGGAGGCGGGGCUUCUUAGAAUACUGGUUGGGGAACAGAACAAUCGUGUUGGAGCAGAGUAACGACGCCGUAUAGCGACUGUAAUUUUAUACAAACAGAAGGCAGGACUCUUCAAAAGAAGGCAGGCCCAACCAUGGGGAAGUCUCUGUUUUCUUUGCCAAAGCAAAAAGAGGACCAGGAGAACCUGACUGAAAACACAGAGUCUCCCACUGAGGACAAUAAACAUGAUGUGUCACAGUUUCCAUAUGUUGAAUUCACAGGCAGAGACAGCAUCACCUGUCCUACUUGUCAAGGGACGGGGAGGACACCUAGAGACCAAGAAAACCAGCUAGUUGCUUUGAUUCCAUACAGUGACCAGAGGCUGAAGCCAAGACGAACGACAUUGUACGUGUCUUUAUCAGUCGUUCUGUGUCUGCUACUUUCUGGUUUGGCUGUGUUCUUCCUGUUCCCUCGGACUAUUGACGUCUCUUAUGUUGGGGUGAAGUCAGCCUAUGUCGCAUACAAUCGAGACCAGCGGAUAAUAUAUAUAAAUAUCACGAAUACUCUGAACAUCACCAACAAUAAUUACUACCCAGUACACGUGGCCAACAUCACAGCGCAGGUGCAGUUCUACAAGACUGUGAUUGGAAAGUCUAUCGUCAGUAAUGUCACCAGUAUCACCCCUCUGGAUAUGCGUCAGGUUGAUUACACUGUUCCCACCAUCAUAGCAAAUGAGAUGAACUACAUAUUUGACUACUGUACCAUGCCAUCAAUUAAAGUGCAUAACAUUGUUGUCAUGAUGCAGAUGACUGUAACGGUCAUGUACUUUGGCCACGCUGAGCAGGUGUCUCAGGAGAAGUACCUGUACGUGGACUGUGGCUCAAACACUACAUCUUCACACGGACACAUGAGUGUGAUACAGUGAUGUUCCUCUGUAUGAACCACAGUUCCUCACGUUCCCUUGUGGUGAAACAAAAACCUGUUCUGAGUGUUACAAAUGGCAGAAGAUGAAGUCUGUACUGUAGGUAGAACACGUCAGGACUGAUCAGCACGUUUCAGCCAGAGCGCUGAUGUAUUUCUACACCACCAUCAUUAUCGAUUCUUUAGCACAGCACUGAAGGUUUUGCUUGGAUAGACAGAAGCACUUUAGUAUAUUUUGGUAGAAGGGAUGACAGCAGCAGAAUAUUUUACAUAGAGCUGCAAACACUCAAACCACCUUGACUACUCCGUUACAAUUUUACUUUUUCCUGUGCGUUUUUUUGGUAAUGUUAAACAGCGUUAAACAUUUCCAUUUGAUCAUGCUCGUUUUAUUGUUAUUUAGCUCUUUGCAGAGCAGGUACUUUUUUUUUUUGAGUAUGGUGUUAACUUAUAUCAACAUGCCAGCUUUCAGAAGUUCAUGAGUUAAUGAGAAUUUUGUUUUAAUCCAUAUUUUGGAUUUUUCCAACCUAUAAGACUGCAAUAAAAAAAAAAAAAAAAAAUUAUACAUAAAUCCACCAUUUCUGUUCAAAGGGAAAUUUAGAUUGAAGGUCUAAAAUAAUUUU